AUGGUGGUCUCACACCUGCGAGCGGCCCUCUCCCUCAUCCUCCGCUCGCCAUCCCACCUCCGCGCCUCCUCGCACGCCCCUCCCCUCAUCCUCCACUCUUCCGCUGCCGCCGCGUCCUCUUCCGGCUCCUUCGCGGCGGCGGACUACCUCGUCUCCCGCUGCGGCCUCACCCAGAGUGCCAACACCCAGACGCAGGCGCUCAAGGCCGCCGCGAAGAUCUCACACCUCUCGUCCCGCGCCAGGCUCGACGCCGUGCUCGCCUACCUCGAGAGCACCCUCCGCGUCCCCGCCGCCGACGUCACCAGGGUCGUCGUGAUGGACCCGACCUUCCUCUGCGCCGACGUGGAGCAGACCCUGGCCCAGCGCGUUGCCGACCUGCGCGACCUCGGCCUGUCGCGGGACCAGGUCGCGCGCCUCCUUCCCCUCGUCCCCAACUCCUUCCGCAACAGCUUUCUCCGCAGCAAUCUCGAGUUCUGGCUUGCCGAGAUCGGGUCCUUGGACAAGCUACUGAAGGUCCUCAGGUCGUGCUCCGGCCUUCUCAGCAUGGAUCUGGACAAGGUUGCCAGGCCCAACGUGGCUUUCCUCCGGCAAUGCGGCCAGGACAUUUCUGAGAUUGCUGGCACCAAUCUCUACGUCAGUCGGAUCUUCACCAUGAAACCAGAACUUCUCAAGGAGACUGUCCAGGAGUUGGGUGUGGUUGCUGUGGUUGCUUUUAUUGACAAGGAGGUUAUUGCCAGGAGAAUACUGCUGUUACACAAUGUUGGGUUCUCAAAGGAUGAUGUGCUGGCGAUUGUGAGGAAGCAGCCUCUCGUUCUGGGCACGUCUGAGCAAAAGAUUCAGGGAAAUAUGGAUUUCUUGAUGAAGGAUGUCGGUCUAGAGACCGGAUUGCCUGGACCGGCCCCCAGCCCCCAGGCAGCGCUCGCUGCAGAGCAGAGCUCUGUUCGGCGCGGCGGCCUGGUGGUGGCGUUCCCGCCGACGGAGCUCAGGGCGGCGGCAAGGAAGGGCGGGGAUGGGGCCAGCGGAGGCAGGCGACCCCCGUGCGCGCGGCCGUGGCACAGGAGCCCGUCCCAGGGUGUGGGGCGUCGAGCGGGCGACAGCAAGCGGCGGGGCGCGUUCCCGGUGACGGUGGCGCACAAACCCAAAGGGGAAAGGGUCGGGGAGAUGCAGUAA